AUGAAGAUUUAUCAUACAGUUUUCUUUUUUCUUAUAGCGUACACUCAUUUUCUUUCGACUAAUGCAUUUCCAAUAUCAAGUUCAGGACGAAGUUUAAUUCCAAGUAAUGAAAAAGAACUAGCCGGCAACAAAUUAUCUCAGGGCAUGAAAAUGGGCGAAGAACAAGAUUUUCAAGGAAAGAAGAAAAACAGCCUCACGAUAGAGAGCAUUACUCAAGACUAUGGUACCCCUAGAGCCAAUCCAGGCCACGAUCCAGGAAACCCUCCACCUGACAAUUCAGAUCAUGCUUUCCAGUCACACAAAAUUGAUGGAUUCAUGGACAUCAAAGACUAG